CCCGACCCCGCACCAUCUCCGUCCACCGCGCCGGCAACGAGCACCAGACGCUCCCACAUGGCGACGACGACCACCACGACCAUGACGACGACGCGGCGCCACCGCGGCGGAGGGUGCUGCGGGCACGCCGCCGACCUGGCCGACGACGACGACAUCGUAAUGCUGUCGAGGCCGGCGCUGGAGGAGGAGCUGGGGGAGAAGGAGAAUCUGCAGGGGUGGGGGAAGCUGCCGCGGCUGUCGCGGUUCGAGGAGCUGCCGGACUACCUCCGCGACAACGAGUUCAUCCGGGGGCACUACCGCUCCGAGUGGUCCGUCCGCGACGCCCUCCGCAGCGUCUUCGCCUGGCACAACGAGACGCUCAACGUCUGGACUCAUCUAGGAGGCUUCUUCCUGUUCCUCGGCCUCGCCGUCGCCAACGAGAUGGAGUGGGCGGCCGGCGCUCCGGCACCGGCCUUCAUGACGAUGGUGAUGACCUCAGCCAACGCGUCGUCGUGGGCGGCCAACAACACCAGCUCGAUCCUGGCGAGCCAGAGCGCGCUGGCCUCCGUCGCCGGGCACGCAGUGGCGAGGUGGCCGCGGACGGUGUUCGUCUACGGCGCCAUGACUUGCCUCUCCGUGAGCGCGGCGGCGCACCUGCUGGCGUCCCACUCGCGCCGCUUCAGCCGGCUCUUCUGGCAGCUCGACUACGCCGGCAUCGCCGUUAUGAUCGUCUCCUCCUUCUUCCCGCCCGUCUACUACACCUUCCUCGGAAGCCCUGUCGCGCAGCUCGUCUACCUCUCCGCCAUCACCCUGCUUGGGGCGCUCGUCGUCGCCGCGCUGCUCGCACCCGCCCGGUCCUCGCCAAGGCUCCGGCACAUCCGCGCGGGGCUCUUCGUGUCCAUGGGCCUCUCGGGCGUCGUGCCGGCGAUGCACGCGCUCUGGCUCAACUGGGGCCACCCCGAGUGCUACUUCGCGCUCUCGCUUGAGCUCGCCAUGGGGGUCGUGUACGCGACGGGGGCAGGGUUCUACGUCGCCAGGGUGCCCGAGAGGUGGCGCCCGGGCAUGUUCGACUGCGUUGGUCACAGCCACCAGAUCUUCCACGUGCUCGUGCUCGUCGGCGCGCUCUUGCACUACGUCGCCACCGCCAUCCUCAUCGGCUGGCGCGAGGCCAUGGCUGCCGCCGCCGGUGCGGCGACGGCAUUGUUGUGACGCGCAGAGCGAAACGUGAUCAUGUGAACGUCGUAGGCGUAGGGUGUGACAUUGAUUCGUUUAUUCGUGCAUGUAGCGUAGAUCAUUCUUUGGAUUCGAGUACUCGACGCAUGUGUAUCAGCAGUUUGUGGUGAUGCUGGUGUGACUCUGUAACAACACUAAAUGCAGUGUGCGUGGGCAGCAACUGGGUUACAAAUCCUUAUACUCCCAAAUUGGGACGGGCUUCAAGUGUAUAGCUCAUAAGAUAGCAAUGUAACCUGCAAGUCCUUGUAAUUCUUUGCAGUUCAUCAGCAUAUUGCUUUGAACUGUAAAUUCUGAAUCAUUAUGUUUUGUUACAAA